GCUCAAAGCUGCUGCUACUGCGUCUCCAGGCACUUCCUGCGCCGAGCCACAGUUUACAAGGCAAGCGACUAUCUCGUCGUGAGAGGGGAGACGAGAUGAGGUAGAUCACCCAUACAUUAAAGUUCUGCCAUUGUUUUUUCCACUUCCACAAUUGACUGUUGUCCUCCUCUCCUCCUUUGUCGUCGUUCAGGAACAGAGAUCUUCGGGAGGGAACGUGAGGCUUGACUCAAAGACAUUACCAUGACAUAAACUAAGGACCCACCUAGAACUGUCUCCUUGUUUGUCUUUUGUUUUGUUUCUGUUUUUUAUUUUUUUCGUUGUCUGGUCUCCACCUGUCUUACCUAGUGUUCACCCUCUUCUUGCGAAGAACGGAUAAUGAAAUAAUGCAGGAGUAUUUGUUUAUAUGAAACUUUAAUGUAUCACACUACUGUCUAGAGGACUGGCCUAGUCGCUCCUCUUGUCUGCCUCCUAUUAUAUCACUGAGAUUAAAGAUAGCAAUAGAGGUAUCAAAGGUCUUGAAUAAGCCUGCACUUAUCAUAUCUUUGUGGCAUUAAUGACAUUUCAGCCAGCACUUACCAUGCACCAUACUCUACAGAAUUCUUUACUUGUGCAUUAAUUUAAUUUAAUUGCUAUAGCCUCCUUGUCUAAACAAGGUGUGUUUGUUUGUCUUAUUCAUACUUAAUUGAUCAGUUUUUCCAAUGCAACUAAUAGUUUCAGUUUGGUCCAUGUGUGUAAUUAUUAAAAGAUUUAUUGUUAAUGUUGAGUAGCUGCUCGGCUGCCUUAUGUUGUAAUCACAAUAGGCGGCUUUAAGUUGUAAUGUAAACUUUUUUUUAACUUAUGCAGUCUUUGUGAGGAACGCUUUUGUUUAAAUGACUGAUCUUGUAGUGGAAAAUAUACAUUUUUAAGUCCUGUUUUCUUUGAAUAUGUUGAAGUAUUGCAUAUCCACUUUCCCACUGACAGUAAACUGUAGAAGCUGACAGUUCUUCAGAUCAAACUCUGAUGGGAGCUUUAUAACUGUGACACAAAGACUGGUCUUUAGCAGCUCACAUUUUCACUGGAUAAAUACUCAAAACAGAAGAACCUUUAAACUGGAAGGAGUUCAUUUUUCUUUUCAAAUGAAGACAUACUUCUGAAAUGGACAGACAGGAACAGAAAUCCAGAGCUGAUUUUUUUUUUUGUGACUUGAAUUCAAGCACUGAAGGAGAAUGAUUUUGAGGAGAUUUCAGGGAUAAAGUUCUCAGACUGACAUUCAGAUACGUUUUGAUUUUCCCUGCAAAUCUUGAAGAGCUGCCAAAUUCCACUCUUCAAGCCUCUAACUGUAGAAGACUGACUUUUUCCUGAUAAACCGUGUCUGCUUCAGCAGUGAGGAUGCGAUCUCCAGAACCAUCUUCACCUUCCACAGCAGAAGCCCUCCUUCAUGGCCAGUUUGCCAGCUGGGGAUCAGGCAGCAACAGCAACAAUAACAGCUGCCCCAACAGCCCUGGUGGUCCGGGGGGGCUGUCCCCUGCUGCCUCUCCUACUCCGGCUCUGGCCUCCAACUAUGCCUUGACCCUCACCCACACCCACAUACAUAUCCAGCGUCUGUCACCACGGCCGGGGAAAGAAGCCCGUCUCCUGCUGCCUUUAUCAGAGCUAGUGGGGUGCAGCUGCCCUCGUGCCCCUGCACCCCCUCUCCUGGUGCUGUACUGGUACCCACCAGGCAAACGACGGAAAGGGGUGUCUCGGCGCAGGCAGGUGAGGGCCUACCUGGCAGAAAGCAGGCCUGAAGCUGAGAGGUGGUCAGCUGCUGUGCAGUGUCUACUCAGAGGUGUGACCGUCACUGCUGACACAGAAUUUUCAAGAAGUCUGCUACCUCGUCCCAGGCGACUACUGUUAUUGGUCAAUCCCUUUAGUGGGAGAGGCCAGGCAAUGCAGUGGUGUCAGACCCACAUCCUGCCAAUGUUCAGAGAGGCCAACAUCAGCUACAACCUUAUACAGACAGAGCGUCAGAACCAUGCCAGAGAGCUUAUCAGAGAGAUAUUGCUCCCAGAGUGGGAUGGCAUCAUCAUCGUUUCUGGAGAUGGCCUGCUGCAUGAGGUAAUUAAUGGCCUGAUGGAGCGUCCUGACUGGGAACAAGCAAUAAAAACACCUGUCGGCAUUCUGCCCUGUGGCUCCGGGAAUGCACUGGCUGGCUCCAUCAACCACAAUGCAGGGUAUGACAUGUGCCUUCGGGAGCCCCUCCUUUUGAACUGCUGUUUUUUGCUCUGUCGAGGCGGUGUCCGACCCAUGGACGUGGUCUCUGUGACAACGAGCCCUUCUCCCUCCAACAACAGUCGUACUGCAGCACCCAGGAGACUAUUUUCUUUCCUUUCUGUUGCCUGGGGCUUUGUGUCCGAUGUGGACAUUGAGAGUGAGAGGUAUCGUGGCCUUGGCUCAGCUCGCUUCACCCUGGGCACUCUGGUGCGCAUAGCUUCUCUUCGAUCCUACAAGGGUCGUCUGUCCUACCUGCCUCCCUCUAUUUGCACCUCAUCACCAGAUGCCACACCUACACCGCCAAGGAGACCCCUCUCUCGCAGUAUCACAGAAGGCCUCGAGGGCUUCUGCCGAACACCCAUCCAUCGCACCUGCUCUGACAUGGGCAUCAGUGAACAGAGGAGCCUGCGUAUGGGUGAGGGAGAGAGGGAAAAAGAGGAGAGGCAGAGAGAAAGGGAGAGGAGAAGGGAGAGGGCUAGGGGAGGAGGAACUGGCGUGGUGAGGGCAAGCAGCCUGGCGGAGGACAGAGAGAGGGAAUGGGAGGGGGAGGGGGAGGUGGCGAUGGAAGCAGAAGAAGAGAGGUCAGGGACAUGCUUCGAGAGGUCGGAGAUGAGUUCAAAAUCAAAUGAAAGGGAUGACUGCAAUAUGGGAAGGGUAGAAAGGUUGGCAGGAAUCAAAGAUGAAAGGGAAGAUGAGGGAGGAGUACAGCAUGACUCCAGUGAGAUGGAGGAUAGGGGGAAGGAUGGGGAAGGCAAUGGCGGUUUUGUAGAGGAGGAGGGAGUGUUACAUGCAAGAGAGCUGGGAGAGAGCUGUGGGGUAGACAUGGGGCGAGAGGCAGAUGAAGAGCCAGAGGGUUGUUUCCUUCAGGAAGCCAGACAGGCAGUAAGAAAGAAUUCAGCCCCUUCAAGCCAGAUAGCCAACACUCUCUUUAACCAGCCUCUCAGUCAGGAGGCUGACGCAGACUCUGGCACUUCAUACGGGAUAGAGGACAUGGAUCUGAAUGGAACCUACUACCGGAAAGAACCCUACCAACUGGACGUUGCUCGUGAGCGAGCUCUCACCAUCUCCUCUCCCUUUCGUCACGCUCCCUUCUCUUACAAGCCCAAGACCCUGGACCAAAACCAGAACGCCUCCCGGCCGAGGCCCCUCUCUCUCCUCCAGCACUCCCACUCAAACUCCCUCCCCCCUAAACUCCCCUCCCUCUCCCUGUCUCUUUCUCCCACACCCCCAUCUUCGCCUUCAUGUGCCUCUCCACACUCCUCAUCCUACCUCGCCCCCCGUCCUAACACCCCAAAUUCCACCUCGCCCUCACCCUCUCUACGCACACCGUCCUCAUCUUUUAACUUUGACAUUGCCGAGCCAGCAGGACCCCAAAAGAACCGUCCUUUUGUCUCACUGCCUUUAAAUCUCCCUAGGGAUGACUUGUUACCCCCCCUUGACCAACCCCUUCCCACCAGAGACUGGGUAAGCAUUGAAGGGGACUUUGUCCUGGUCCUGGCCCUUUAUCAGACCCACCUCGGGGCUGAUCUUCAUGCUGCACCCCAGGCCAGGUUUGAUGAUGGGCUGAUCCACCUGACCUUUGUGCGGGCGGGGAUCUCCAGAGCCACUCUGCUGAGACUGUUCUUUGCCAUGGAAAGAGGAACCCACCACUCCGUCAGCUCGCCGUAUGUGAGCCAUGUUUCCUGCAGGGCCUUCAGGCUGCAGCCUCUGUCCACACGGGGGACACUCACUGUGGAUGGAGAACUGGUGCCCUAUGGACCACUUCAGGCGCAGGUUCAUCCUUCCAUGGCUCGUCUCAUCGUUGGUGACUCUGGAGUGAAAAUUACCAGAUUCUAAUCAGGGAUUGAUUGAAUUGAUUGACAGAUACAGCACUCUACUGAACUAUGUAAUCUCUGUUGCCAUCUAUACUCUGAAAGAGAGGGGAGUAUCUAAAAUACUUAGAAUAGCCUGGAUUGCAGAAACUGCUUUUCUGGGGUUAAAUGAAAGGGAUAACCCACCGAGCCACGCAUCAUUGGAGCACGACUGCAGGGAUUAAUAGCGAAUUUGAAAAUGGAUGAAAAAUGCGCCUCAUUGCACAGCUGUUGGAUUACGCUCUGCGUACCCUGAGAAGCAUGAAAACUGCACAGCCUGGGAUUAUAAGAGGGAAGAAAAAUCGAAUGUUUAUGGAAUAUUUUUGUGCAGAUACUGCAUGUGUUGGAUGUAUACAUAGUAGUAUGCAUGCAGAGAAGCAUUACAUGAUUGUUGCCUUUCAAUGAGAUGGAAAGAAAUCAGAUUAAAAUCAUAGAAAAGUUGGUUUGUCAUGAAACAUGAAAUGCUAAAAAAAAAUACAUUCAGAUUCACUUGGGCCAACUUUGGCCAACACCCUCUAUCUUCACCCAAUGUCCAAAUGUUUAAGUAUAAAAACUUCCGUCCCUGAAAUGAAUGCCUUAUCUGACACUGGACAGUACAGUUUACUUUCUUACUUAUAUAAGAAUCCCAAAUCUUCUUAAUCUCUAGCCACCUAUCAGAGUGUCCGUCCACUACAUAAAUACAACAUACUGGUAGACCCACCUACCUGCUGUUAUCUUUGAGCACCCUACUCUCCACUUAUCAUCAGUGGAGAAAAAUGUGGUUAAAUGUACACUUUAAUGAACAAUUUGUUCAUGCAAGUGACUCAUUGUAGAGCGGCGAAAUCAAGCUUUUGAAGGUCAUUACAUUAGUAGGAGCGAUGAAACUGUUGAAUGGUGACCAUUACUGACAUUUUUACAUUAUCUGCCUGUUUUUCUUAACCAGUGGAUGCACGAUGAUGAUGUCAAUGAUAUCAGACUUUGCAACAUAUUGAACAAAAAAAUGUCUGAACAAAGCAAGCUUCUUUGUCAGUGGUUAUAGACCACUUCAUUUUCAAGAAUUGUUUCAGAAUCACACACGUUAGCCCUCAGCACUAUUUUAUGUCUAGAAUAUAUCACUAUCUCUGAGUAAUCAGCUUUUGAAGCAUAGAGGACAUUACAUGCUUCUGUUAAGUAGUAAGUAGUGCAUUUAUUUUGCACAAUAACGAGUUGAUGCAGCACAGAAAAUCACAACACUAGAAUGCAUAAUAACUUUUAGAUACAUCUAACACAUAAUCAGAUCUAGAAAUGGAUGCACUAGUAUUGAUAGCCUAGUCCAGAUACUCUAAUACAUGGAUCACAUGACAUUCCUAGCCUCAAAUGAAUUAAAUGUCUUAAUUUGAACACUCAUAGCUUUUGAAAGGUAGAACUGAUGGAUUACAAAAUCAUUUAGACACUUUAAAAUCCUUCUGUAGAGACAAACACGGGCACAACACUAAAAUCCAGCAGCUCUGUGUUGUCACAUGAGACUUUUGAUCAAGAGAUAAAUCAGAUAGAGGGAAAACGACUUUCACUGUGAGAAAUGAUCUCAAUCUGUUGAAGUAAGUGAUUGGGUUUUAAAUUUAAAGUAUCUUGAGAACUUAAGUAUUACUACCAAAUGACGAUGUGCUCCUUAGUGAAAUCAAACAGCAGAACUUGGAGCCCUACUAGGAAUUGUGAUGUUUUAUAAAUUAAUUUUUGAAAUGAUAUAAUGAAACCUGCUGAUAUACUUGGUCUGGACAAAGGAUAAAUCAUUAGCAUGUGCAGUGUAUCAAUCAGUAAGAUCAUGUGCCGACUGCUUGGGUCAUCAUCAGCAUACUGUAGGUCAUGCCUGGACAAAUUAAUGCCUUUGUAUAAUAAGCCUGUAAGUUGUGGCUGUUGAUCAUGAACUGUUCAAACCUGACUGCAGAAAAUGGAGUAAAACUCUUUGCUCACCA